UGCUGUCGUCAAUCACCAUGCCGCCUGCAUUGGACACUCGUCUUAACUGGGCGGCUUACAGGACCAAGAUCGAGGAGCUGUACUGGUUCCAGAAGAAAGAGCUUCCCGAAGUCAUGAAGAUCAUGGAGGAUGACCACGGGUUUGUGGCUACGCAGAAAAUGUACAAGAAGCAACUGAAGGCUUGGGGUCUUCAAAAGAACAUCAAGACUUCUGAGAUGAUGGCCAUGAUUCGCAUUGAGGGCCGUCGUCGUGGAGAAAACAAAAAGACCCAGUUCAUUCGGCACGGCAUCCCCGUGGAGCCUGAGAAGCUCCGCCGAUUUGCCAGGCGCCACAAGCUGGAACUCGGCGAAACCCUAUCACCAUCGGAUCAGCAGGGCAUGUCUCUUCCGCUCACGACCGAAUGGCCAUGACUAACGAGUCAGCAGCGGCAACUCCUCCUGACAUCACAUACAACACGCCUGAGCCGGACACUCUGAGCAGCACUCUGCCGCUCCUGGCGGCCCAAGCCGACUUUAACCCGGGGAGAAAGAAGGCGGAAAAGACAGACCCGGUCAUCUCCACCGGGCCACGCGACCUAGAAACGAACGUGAGCCCGUCCAGCGGCAACCCGUGCUGGGUGUCAUCAUCCACAAUUUGCUGGCCCGCCAGUGAUGCGCCCAACAAUGCUCAGUCGUCUCCGAACCCCCCUACCAUGGAUGACCUGUUUAUUUCGCAAGCCUUCUCCGGGCCUGGUGUGCCGGAUCUCUCGUGUAGUCCGUCUCGCGACUUCACUGAGGGCGUAUUCUCUCCGCCCGCUUCACGCUGGGCCGGAUACAUUCCCGACACGGGAUAUCACGAAUGCUUGACCAGAGCAGACGGCAUUCCUCCUUGGAUUUUCGUGUCACAAGCGUCCCAUCACGCUGUCCAGCCUCCUAGUUACGGUCCAGAUCGCAUGUUUCCGUCCCUUCUGCACGGCUACAGCGCAGCCAUGGCCCAACCAACGAGCCAAAUGCUAAAUUUUUCAAACGUUCAGAGCCCAGCCCGAGGGAUAAUCAUGACCCGGGACGCCGCUGGGUCGAGCCUUGGAGAUUCCCCGCUGCACGAUUCUGUGAUCGAGGGAAACGCCAGCCAAACCAGAAUCUUGCUAGAGGCCGGCGCUAAUCAGAACUGCACAGUCCGUGGAGGCGUGACGCCCAUCCACUGCGCAGCCUUCCAACGCAAUAUCGAGCACGUUAGUAUCCUACAGGAGUACGGCGCGAACCUGAGCGCAGUAACAGACAAAGGCCAAUCAAUCCUCCUCUUCGCCGUGAAGCGGCGCAUGAUCGGCGCCAGCGACAUGCUCUCCUCCCAUUCCCAUACCAAACAGAACACCGAACCCAAAGCGAGCGAGUUACACACCGACGACGCCACACUCGCCGUCAUCAACGCACUGUACGACUCUCCAGCGGGAUGGCCCCGUUUGCUGCAAAGCCUGAACCAGCCCGACAAGGACGGGGUGACCCCGCUGAUGCUUGCCGCCGAGGCCGGUUUCAUCAAGACAGUGACCAUGUUUUUACAGCGCGGCGCGCGGCCAGACCUGCGGGACCAUGUCGGCUACACGGCACUCAAGUACGCGGCUAGCGGCGGACAUCGGGAUUUGGUGAGGCUGUUGCUUGAGGCGGAUGUGAGGGUCCAGGAGCGCGAUUUGAGCCAUUUGCUUAAGCUGGGGAGUAAGAAUUUGACUACUACAGCAGCAGCAUGCCCCAGCCCCAGCACGACGACGACAAGCCCGGUCUACCACGUGCAUGGGGACGGGAAGGAUGGCGGCGGGUGGUGGGAGAGGAGGAGGAAGUGUGACGGGGAGGUGGAGGAGGAGAGGGAUGACGACAGCUCGGCGACUAUAGCGGAGGAGAUGGUCAAGCUGCUGAGAGAGAUGGGGGUGGGGGCGCUGGAGGGUUUGAUAAGGUUGGCGGAGCAGAAACGGAAAUUGGGGGUUUUGGAGGCGCUGCUGGCUGCGGUGAGGAGGCUGGAUGUGGCGGUGGUGGGGGUGGAGAAACGGGGCUCGCAACUUGAACACAGCAGCGGGUCUUGAAGCGAUGCGGCGGGACUUGAGUUUACCAGAAAACAUGAACCCAGCCCUGGGUCGACGAUGCGGUACUGUACCGUGCCGUCCUGCGCUCCCACGACUCGCGACUGGGUGCUUGGUUGAUGCUUACAUGGCGGGAGCGGCGGGGCGGCUAACCCU